AUGUGCCCAACAAGUGGAUUAAGAUCUCCCUCACGUCAUAUAGAUAUUUACCUAACUGACCCAUUCUUCACAUACGACCAUAGGAUUCUGAAUUCAGCGCUUCCCGUUCGCUCAGCGGUACUUAAGCAGGAUACCGGCGGAUUAGUAGUUAGGUGGGUGACCACUAGCGAAUCCCCGCUGUUGUAUGUUUUUUUUGCACCUUUUUGA